AUGGGUCAAUUACCAUUUAGCAGAGUAACACCAGCUAGACCAUUCCUUCACAGUGGUGUGGAUUUUGCUGGCCCAAUUAACGUCCGAAUGUCUAAGGGAAGAGGUAAUAAAUCAUACAAGGGUUAUAUUAGUCUUUUUGUAUGUAUGGCAACAAAGUCCAUACAUUUAGAACUAAUAAGCGAUCUCACUAGUGAUGCCUUCAUAGCAGGCUUUAAGCGUUUUGUAGCUCGUAGAGGACAUGUGAGCGAAAUAUGGAGCGACAACGGAACAAACUUUGUUGGAGCAUCCAAGGAACUCCUUAAGCUCGUCACCGCUGAACAGUCAUCAGUCGCUCUUGAAAUUUGUGAGUGGUUAAGCAACAAUAGUGUUACAUGGCAUUUCAUUCCUGCCCAUGCGCCAAACUUUGGCGGGCUAUGGGAAGCAGGCGUGAAGGCUAUGAAAUUUCAUUUAAAACGAGUGAUUGGCGUUUCUAUAAUGACAUAUGAAGAGUUAACCACCGUUCUCACGCAAAUAGAAGCGUGUCUAAACUCAAGGCCUUUAUCGAUAUUACCAGAUAAUCACAGUGAUCCCGCGACUCUAACUCCAGGACAUUUCCUCGUUGGCGAAGCUCUAGUAAUUGUACCAGAACAAAACUAUGAACAUAGUAACAUCAGUACUCUGAGACGCUGGCAAAUGACUCAAAGAAUGGUGCAGGAUUUUUGGCGAAGGUGGUCCAAAGAGUAUUUGGUGAAUUGUUUACAGAGAUAUAAAUGGUCAAAGAUAAUACCCGAACCUGAAAUUGGAAACAUAGUUUUAAUUAAGGAGGACAAUCUUCCUCCAGGCCGUUGGCUGUUAGGAAGAGUGGUUGCGAAGCAUCCUGGCUUAGACCAAAUUACUCGCGUUGUGACUUUGAAGUGUGGUCAAUCUCUUUUAAAAAGACCAACUUCAAAGUUAUGUAUUUUGCCUAUUACACAAUAA